CAGUAUCUGAUACACACAUUUCAUCAUCCACUUCAGAAACAGUUUCACAGCAGUCCUCUUCGCUUCUUCCAAGUCAUCAACAAUUAUUGCACAUUCUGCCUCAUUAUCACUACUCGCAUCAUCACUAUUUGAUAUAGCUGCGCGAAUUUCCAUUUCUGCCAAUCCUCUCCUCUUUGCCAUUUUUCUAAAUAUUUCAAUAAUUUUAUAGUUAAACUACAGACUACUCGUAUAAGCAAUAUAAGUUUGCAACACAAACUUUUAGUAAUUAAAAAUUUUAAGUAUGUAACAUAUAACUGUACCAAAUUUUCUUUACUUAAACAUAAACUGCGCUAAAUAAUACAACCUGCUGCUACGAAAGACAAAUGUAACUGAUUUUUUCUCUGUUGUGAACGAUACAAGAAGAAAUGAAAUAAAUAUGUAGUAAAAACAUCAGCUUUGCAAAUUAUGAAGAACUCAACAUUUGCACAUGUUGAUCCGUUAUCUUUAUCAAAACAAUGUUUUCAUACAGUGACUGUAAGUCACUACGUGGUACUUUGCGCAGCUAUAAACAUAAAUUUAUUUUAACAAAUAUCUAAAAAAAAAAAACAAUUUUAUUAUGAAUUAUGGAUUUUUUCAUAGGUGAAUUAUGAUUGCACGAAUACAUAAAAUCUUGCCCAAAAUUAAAAAAAAAUUACAACAAGUACAACAGUUUAAAUUUAAAAAGUGACUCAAAGUCACUACGUGGUACGAAUAGGGUUAACAAAAUAAAAGAACGCUCACCGGCUGCGCUGCUGGCAGAAACCACCCGGUAUGACCAAACGGUAUGAUUGUGAUCGAGCAGAAUGCAAGCAGCAUUCUCGAACAUUCUUUGCUCACACAAAGCGUUCGAUCGAGAAAAAUCAUUACGAAACAAGCAACAGUGAUUGAAACUGAUUGUUCGCUUUGAGCACGCUCGUUUACGAUCAUGCAUUUUUGUUGAAGCAAAGUUUUCCGUCACAAAAAAUCUGAGUCAAUGAUCGGGUAUGAUUGAAAAAAUUGUGAUCGUUGCAGCUCUCUGAUAUGUAUUUAUAUACAAAAAUAUAUACAUAUAUGUAUAUUUGCUUUAAUUAUUAAAAGUUUCGAUAUCAAGUUAUAAGACCAAGCGGUCGCACAUGUGCUCAUAUAUAAUUAUGUGUGCAUGUAAACAAAUAUGAUAGACCAUAGGGAUAAUGUUUGUAAAUUUGUCUAGAUGCAGUACAUAUGUCAUGCCGCAAUAAUAAUUACACUGUGAUAGCUUUUUUCAAAAAACAAGACAAGACCAAAUUUGACGGUUUCCCCCUAUUUCGGGUCCUACGAAUCGAACUGCAUAAUUACUUUUUUGAGUUACAAUCAUGGUUUCAUACAAAAAUUUUUGUUGAAGUUUUUCAUCAAAGUGGCCCAUUGUAAGAGAAAGGCACACUUUUCGUCGGUCCCUAACUUUUUUAAUGUUGACUUUUUUGGUAAACUUUCUUUGGCUCAGAAUAAGUCCAUCUUUAAGUUUUUAGAUGACUGUAAACCCCAAAAUCAAUGCUUUUUGUGUCCUUAUAGCCAAUAUGUCGAAAAAACUGAAAUUUAAUACAUUUUUUUUAAUGUUUUUUCCCUCACGUUUCGUCAAUAUUUUAAUUUACUCUUUGAUACUUAUAUAUUAAGUGACAUCUUGUAAUAGUAAGAAACUUAAGCAAUGACAACGUUCUGAGCAAAAUAACCUUCUUCUUCUUAAUUGGCAUAGACACCGCUUUUGCGAUUAUAGCCGAGUCAACAACAGCGCGCCACUCGUUUCUUCUUUUCGCUACGUGGCGCCAAUUGGAUAUUCCAAGCGAGGCCAGGUCCUUCUCCACUUGGUCUUUCCAACGGAGUGGAGGUCUUCCUCUUCCUCUGCUUCCCGCGGCGGGUACUGCGUCGAAUACUUUCAGAGCUGGAGUGUUUUCGUCCAUCCGGACAACAUGACCUAGCCAGCGUAGCCGCUGUCUUUUAAUUCGCUGAACUAUGUCAAUGUCGUCGUAUAUCUCGUACAGCUCAUCGUUCCAUCGAAUGCGAUAUUCGCCGUGGCCAACGCGCAAAGGACCAUAAAUCUUUCGCAGAACUUUUCUCUCGAAAACUCGCAACGUCGACUCAUCUGUUGUUGACAUCGUCCAGGCCUCUGCACCAUAUAGCAGGACGGGAAUUAUGAGUGACUUAUAGAGGUUGGUUUUUGUUUGUCGAGAGAGGACUUUGCUUCUCAAUUGCCUACUUAGUCCGAAGUAGCACCUGUUGGCAAGAGUUAUCCUGCGUUGGAUUUCUAAGCUGACAUUGUUGGUGGUGUUUACGCUGGUUCCAAGAUAGACGAAAUUAUCUACAACUUCAAAGUUAUGACUGUCAACAGUGACGUGAGUGCCAAGUCGCGAGUGCGACGACUGUUUGUUUGAUGACAGGAGAUAUUUCGUCUUGCCCUCGUUCACUGCCAGACCCAUUUCUUUUGCUUCCUUGUCCAGUCUGGAGAAAGCAGAACUAACGGCGCGGGUGUUGAGGCCGAUGAUAUUAAUAUCAAAAUAACCAUUAGAAAAAAAAACUUAACAAAAUUUGUUUUUUUAAAAAAAGCUACACUAACUAUGUUUGUGUGCUGUUUUAUUUUUUUUUUUGUAUCUUAUAAGUGUUAUCAAUAAGUAUCAUAAAUUUGUACACAAUAUUUAAAUUAAAUUUAAUAAGACUCAUCUAUCAAUGUCCAACACAAAUCAGCAAGCAACGAGUCAAGCUUUUAACCACUGCACUGAUAAGAAAUAACAACAAGUAACGUUUGAAAGAAACGUUAAAUGCUUGCCUAAGAGUCAAAAUUUAAGCAUAGAUUGCAGUAGUUAAUUUGACUUUGACUUCGUGGAAAGAACAUUGUUUUUGUGCCUUGUAUAUUAAGAAAAUAAAUUAAAAUGAAUAAGUGUCCAAUUGGCCUAUCGUAUGUGGAAAAUUUACAAGCCCUCGGAGUAGACGCAAAAUAUCUUCGGGAACUGCCGGCGUCUAGAGAUGGCAAAUAUUUGAGUACCUGUGACUUUGUCACUGCUACUUAAAAAUCACUGGUCAAAGCUGUGACAAGCUUCCUAAAGUAGCAGUGACAGGAAUUAACGAACAAAGUAGCAGUCACAGUAUCACAUGAAAAAUUGCGACUGUGACAAAAUAGCAUUCACAGUAUCAUAUGAAAAAUUGCGACUGUGACAAAGUAGCAGUCACAGUAUCAUAUGAAAAAUUGCGACUGUGACAAAAUAGCAUUCACCGCGGAAUAUAAAAAAUUGCAACUGUGACAAAGGAGCAGUCACAGUAUCAUAUGAAAAAUUGCGACUGUGACAAAAUAGCAUUCACCGUGGAAUAUAAAAAAUUGCGACUGUGAUGAAUUCAUAUUCAUUAAAGCUAUGAAUUUUCUUCAAUUUUAGAUAAGUAUAAAUUGGUUAACAUAUAAAAAGUUAAUUUAUCUUUAAACGGGUAAUAUUCAUGUACAAAUUAAAUUGAUUACAGAAACCUCAAUGCUGUAGUAAAGCCAAUUAUAAAACUUUUAAUCUGAAAAUUGCAUCAAUUUAUAUAGUAAUUUAAAAAAACUUAUAAAAAGUAUUUUAUAACUAACGAAAUAUUUUUAAAAGUAUGUUUUCGUUUACUUUAAAUAGCUUCUAUUGAGUAUCCUUAUAUUGAAAAAAACCUUCAGAGAAUAUAUUUAGUGCGACUUUAAAAAUGUGCGUCUUAAAAAAUAACGAAUCAUUUACAUUAAUUUUUGUACGAAACUGUUACAAAUCAGUUUACUUAUACUUAAUAAAAAUUAAAGAUGUCUGUGUCAAAAAGAACCAAAAUGAGUUAUGUGUGGCAAUUUUUUAAAGAAGUGGAUGCUGUUUUCGCAAAAUGUGAUAUUUUGCCCUUCUUUUCCAUUUAAUGUAAAUAUUUUUAACACUAUUUAAUUUUAUCUUUUAUGUAUAUACUUUGUAUUUGCUCUGCUACUACAAAGUCACAGUCACAAGUAGCAGUGUUCCUUAAAAGUCACAACAUCGCCCAUCACUACCGGCAUCUACGAGGAAUAUUUCGAUUUGCCCGUUAUAAGAGACGUAGAUUGGGUGCCAAAUACCAUUUGCACGCAAUGCAACAACAACCUGCAUAACUGGUCAAAAAGACUGUGCCUAAAAAUGGGGUUCGGCAUCCCAAUAAUUUGGAUAGAUCCACAAGGGCAUCAUACUGGUAACUGCUACGCGUGCAAGAACAAAUUUGCAAGACUCAACAAACGAAACACAGUUCACAAAAGUGUUCAAUCUGCACAGCUACCAGUAUCUCACUCAGAAAAUGUUCCGAUACCAAGAUGUCCAAGUCCAACUGACAGAUAUAUUUCGCCAACAUUUUCCACCGAGCCUACAGAUCUACUCUUAAUGUAUAACCCAACCGAAGUUGAAAGCCCAUGUCGUCACUUGGAGAUUUCCCAAGCCCGUUUGAAUACGAUGGUACGACAUCUGAAAUUAUCGCAAAGACAAGCGAUUUGCCUAGCACAUCAUCUUCGAUCGGUAAAUACAUUGUCUAAAGAUGUGAAGGUGUAUGGAUACCGCAAAAGACAGGAGGAGCUUUUAGAUUUCUUUGAGGUUAAUGGCGACAAUACUUUUUCGUAUUGUAAAAAUAUUCCUGGUCUUAUGCAAUACAUGAACUGUGAGUACAAACCAGAGCAAUGGCUCUUGUUUAUUGACUCGUCGAAAAAUAGUUUAAAAGCAGUAUUGCUGUAUGUGGAUAACACAAAAAAUCCGGUUCCAAUCGCCAUAAGCUCCAACACAAAGGAAACAUACGAAGCAAUGAAAUUCAUUUUGGACAGAGUACAGUAUCAGCAGCAUCAAUGGAAGAUAUGUGCGGAUUUAAAAGUUAUCGCCUUGCUUACUGGUUUGCAGACAGGAUACACAAAAAAUAUGUGCUUCAUUUGUCAUUGGGACACAAGGUACCGCGCAAACCAAUAUAGAAUGCGUGAUUGGAAGCUUCGCACAGAAUUUCAUUUAAAUGUGGCAAAUGUUAUCCAUAUUCCGCUGGUACCAGCUAAUCACAUUUUGCCACCACUACUGCACAUAAAAUUGGGAAUUGUCAAAAAUUUCAUAAAAGCAAUAAAUCGAGAUGCCGAAGCUUUUAAAUGUUUGACAGAAAUAUUUCCAAGACUAAGUGUUGCGAAAAUAAAAGGUGUUCUCAAUGGCCCCGAUAUAAUAAAGCUUAUGAAGAACGCAAAAUUCGGAGAAGUUCUAAGGCCAAAUGAAAAAAUUGCAGCAAGCUCCGACUGAAUCCGAUGAGCAUGGAGAAAGAUUUCACCAAGUCGCCGCCCCCCUUGAGCAUUGGUACAGCGGCAAAAAGCUUGACUCGUUGCUUGCUGAUUUGUGUUGGACAUUGAUAGAUGAGUCUUAUUAAAUUUAAUUUAAAUAUUGUGUACAAAUUUAUGAUACUUAUUGAUAACACUUAUAAGAUACAAAAAAAAAAAUAAAACAGCACACAAACAUAGUUAGUGUAGCUUUUUUAAAAAAUAAAAAUUUUGUUAAGUUUUUUUUCUAAUGGUUAGUUUGCUCAGAACGUUGUCUUUGCUUAAGUUUCUUACUAUUACAAGAUGUCACUUAAUGUAUAAGUAUCAAAGGGUAAAUUAAAAUAUUGACGAAACGUGAGGGAAAAAACAUUAAAAAAAUGGAUUAAAUUUCAGUUUUUUCGACUUAUUGGCUAUAAGGACACAAAAAGCAUUGAUUUUGGGGUUUACAGUCAUCUAAGAACUUAAAGACGGACUUAUUCUGAGAAGCUUUGCCAAAGAAAGUUUACCAAAAAAGUCAACAUUAAAAAAGUUAGAGACCGAAGAAAAUGUGCCUUUCUCUUACAAUGGGCCACUUUGAUGAAAAACUUCAACAAACAUUUUUGCAUGAACCCAUGAUUGUAACUCAAAAAAGUAAUUAUGCAGUUCGAUUCGUAGGACCCGAAAUAGGGGGAAACCGUCGAAUAUGGUCUUGUCUUUUUUUUGACUAUCACAGUGUUAUUAGUAUAUAAAGUGUAGUGUUGUUUUGUGAAAUGAGUUCGACAAUAUCGUUGUGUUGUACAGUUUUGAUUUUUGUUAUGUUUAUCGGUGUAUAUAAUGGAGUUAAGUCUAUUUCUGGACUUAAAAGGUUUUCACUUAGGAUUAUGUUAUUAAUUUCUAUUUUGCAUUGCGUCACCCUUAUCAUUUUAUUUCCUUCUAUUUCUGUAUUAUUGUUUGAAUUAUGACAAUUUUUUUGUUUUGUUUGAGACUGGUUUUGGUCAGGAUUAUAUUAGGCUCUAUGUAUUUUAUUAUAUCUCGUAAUUCAAUAGUUUGGGGUUAAACAGUCCUAGUCUACAGAGUUGCAUUCCCAUUUCUAUGUUUUUAAUGUAUUUCAAAAAUUGUAUUAGUUCGUAUAAAAGGGCGUUAAUUUGGUUCUGAAUGUUUAUAGUGUUUUCCAUGUUUUGUUUUCCAGUGUUUAUUAGUUGUAUGGCGUCGUUUAAUUCAUGUACCCUCACCGAGUCGUGCGUCAAGUGUUCCAAGAAGGUAUUUUAAGGAUGAGCGCACAAUGUUUAAAGUCCACGUUUCUCCCUGCUCUUGUGGUGUAAGGUUAUCCCAUUCAACUCUCUUCUUAGAUUAUUGCAUAAAAAUUUAAUUUGUGGCACCUGGUAACUUCCACGCAGCUUUUCUUCAAAGUAAUCUGUUACCUGGUUUAUUUUUGUAAAGUUGAUGGUUAAACAAUGGUGUUCAAAGGAUGAUGGUAUCUGGAUUGGUUUGUUCGAAAAAAAGAGAUAUCCGUGCCGGUGGUAAUGUCAUUUAUUUGGAUUUGUUGUGUGUGGCCUGUGCCAGUCAAAAUGAGCAGCAAUGCUACUGUGCACCAAGUACCUGUGGAGUUGAGAUCUGAUUAAUUUUCUUACGUUUUUUUAAAUUGUAUUUUGUAAAAAUGGGUAACUCUGUUUCUGUUAGUGAUCUCGUAAUGAUCAGCGUCUGUUUGUUCUACAAUUUUGUUUGGUUUAAAUGGAUUUUCUAAUUUGCCUUUCUGUAUCUGGUGUCAACUUCAUAUUCUUGUUUGUCAAUAUUAAUUUUGUUUAUCUUAUUUUCUUUGUUUUCCUGAGUGUCACGUAUUGGGUGUCCAGCGUAAAGAAAUAUAUGUGUUGGGGUUCGUUCAGUAGUGUCAUGUUUAGUUUUGUGAUUGUAUAUGUAAAGAAUUGUUUCCAUCUUGCUCAACUUGGCUUCGUCAUUGUUAGAUGUAUUAAUUAUGCGGAUCUUUUCAUUAAUUGUUUUAUGUAAUCUUUCUAUGUUCGCUAUCCUUGUAUUUGUCGUGUUGAGCUGUAAAUCAACCUCCUCACUCUCAAGCCAUCGCUUAAGUGCCAGGCUGCAGAAUACGCCGUCUCUGUCUGCCUUCAAUAGUCUAGGCUUGCUCAGUUGGUUAAUUAUGCGAAUAAGUACAUUUUUACAUUCCAUCCAGUCCUUUGUCCUUUUCUGCUCCAACUUAGCGAACUUCGAAUAAAAGAAUAAUUUGAAUAAAUAUCUAUCAUGAAUUUAUCGCAGCAAUGUUCUGUUAUAGGUGUGGCUUUCAUUUGCAUGUUUGUGUUACGGUGUUCUGUCUUUGCCAAAUUGCAAAUGUGGCAUUCAUUUAUAAUGUUUUGGAUAAGUAAUUGGUUGUUAGGGAAAUAGUAAAUUUCACCGAAAAGUUGAACGGUUUUCUGAAUUCCGGAGUGUAGAAGUUUUCCAUGCGUAGUCAGGACCAGUUCCUAUAAUUCUGCGAAAGUUGGUACGUUUUUCAACAAAAUCAGGCUGCGAAAAAUUUUUGUAUAACUUUUGUUUAUGAUCUCUCUGUGUGUGGUUUGAAAGAUUUCGAAAUCUGCAUCGCUAUCAAUAUACAACGCGCUACUCUUGUCACAAAAAUAGUUGAUCAAAUACUCUUUAGCUUCUUCUUCGGUCAUAGUGUCAUAAAAGAUUUGAGCUAUGUGUUUGUUGAAAUAUUUUGUAGUUUUGAUGUUGGGUGAGCCUUUAGAAAAUCUUACUUGUCUGUUGAAUACGUUAAUUGGGUUUUCUGUUAUAAAAAUCAAGUCACCGUUGUCUUCUUUUGCACAGUGUUAGGUCUGUUCACUAAAAUAUGUCUCCUUCAAUUUUGGCUAAAUGAGCCUUAGUCGCCUGCCCCACACCACACCUACACUCAUCUCUAACACGCACACUCACCACACUCGCCUCGACAUCACCACACUCCACAUCAACACCACCCACACGCAAGAGGAUCCACACACUCAAACACACACCACACCACUCCACAUAAAAAGGGUCAGGCUAUUCAGCAAUCAGUUCUGAUUCGACCGCCUGUGAGUCCACGCCGUUUUCCGCCACCGCCACGCAGCGCCCCAUCGCCCGAGGUUUAAGUUUGUUCGCGAAGUGAAGUUACAUACAUAUAUUAAUUGAAAAAAAUAAGGUUACACACAUACAAUAAAGUUAUACAUAUAUUAAUUGGAAAUUGUAAAAAGUUAUUCGCACACUAAGUGCAUUUUAAAAGCAACAUAUAAAAGCAGUUGUCAAAUAUACAAGUGGUGCAUCCCGAAAGUUUUCCCUUUUUUAUUUUUUCAAACAUACAACGUACACCAGUGGUAAGUGAAAAGGGCAUUGACCCCAACAUAUGGUCCUUCGAGCCGGAUAGAACGGCACUAUUGGAAAAAAAAAACAAAUAAAAUCAACUUCUGUUACAUAAAACAUAUUAAAAACUUGCAAAAUCUUGUGCACAAGUGGAAGGCGGCAUAUACAUACACAUAUACAAAUAUAGAAAAAUUAAGUGCAAUAUAUAUAUAUAUGUACAUACAAAGUGUUUAUUGCAAGUGAAAUUAAAAAGAAGUGACAAACACAUACUUACAUCCAAAAAAAAAAAAAAAAAAAAAAACAAGUUGAAAACGGAAAGCACAAA